GCAGUCAAUGUGGUGACUGGUGCAAAUUUCUCGUCAUAUCAUGAGCUGCUGCCUGGACCUGUAGGAACUAGCUGGCGCAGCAGUUCACAGCGUUGAGUCAACGUUACAUCUACGAGGCAGCGGCAUCUCCGGUCUGCUGCUGCGAGCGAGACAGACGAGAUGACAUAGCGACUGGACCAGCUAACGUUACCGUGACACCUGGAUCAGAUCGUGUCAUUGUUUUUUGUCGUCUGCUUGCCGUGUAGUAAUUAGCUAUUUGCUGGCUAGCUCACAGGCUAAUUACCACCAAUGCUUUCAGUGAGGUUUCCUCAUAUAGAUGUGAUCUAACUUGCUGCAAGCUAGCGUUAGCUCGCUGCUGCUACCCUUCAGACAUUGAAGCGGCCACAUAAACAUGCGGAUCAUCGAGGCGGAGACCCCCGGGACUCUAUCGUUAAACGCUUUCUGCAGGACACGAGUGUCGACUAGCCGCUGACUGGACUCUGCAGACUCUGUGUAGAGGAGAAAGAGAGCAACGGAUCUCAAGGACCAGAUUGCCCACUGAACUUUUUGCCUCUCAGACAGAUUGCCAGGGACCAUGCUGACUAUUCUAGCUGCUGGGUCUAUGUUCUUUCCAGGCCUUUUCCUGCUGUCUAAACAAUGCCUGAAGUCAAUCCCAGCACUGAGGUGGAGCGAAGGAGAUGCAGUCAUAGUAUCUGCCAGGUUGGUGUCAUCAGUUCAGGCAGUCAUGGCUUCUUCAGCUGGCUACAUCAUUGCUUCUUCCUGCGAGGACAUCAUCGAGGACCAGCAUUGGCUGACCAGCUCCUACAUCAUGUUUGCUGUUCCCUACUUUGUGUAUGACAUCUACGCGAUGUUCAUGUGUUACUGGUACAAGCUACGGGUCAAAGGGCACGAGGAGGCCUCGGCUGCACCUCAGCACAUGAGAUCAGCACUGACCAGCUACUUGCGUCGAGAGUUCCUCAUGGUGCUGCACCAUGUUGUCAUGGUCACCGUCUGCUUCCCCGUCUCUGUGUUUUGGCGAGAAGGAAAGGGAGAUUAUUUCCAGGGUAUAAUGUUCAUGGCUGAGCUCAGCACUCCAUCUGUCUGCUUAGGAAAAAUACUCAUCCAGUACAAACAGCAACACACUCUCCUGCACAAAGUGAAUGGGGCUCUUAUGCUGAUCACUUUUUUCAUCUGUCGAGUCCUCCUCUUCCCUUACCUCUACUACGCCUAUGGAAGGUACGCGUCCAUUCCUUUCCACAUGGUUCCCCUUUCAGUGCCCUGGCACUGUAACCUCGGUGCUGCUCUGCUCAUGGCCCCCCAGCUCUAUUGGUUUUCCCUAAUUUGUCGGGGCGCCCUGCGACUAUUCAUGGGCUCCUCCCGCUCUCAGAGACCACGUGCGAGCACAGCCGCAGCCAAGGAGAGGCAGACGGAUGGCAUCGCACUGCCCCAGCCUUCCAAUGGCUACAGCGCACGCUCCACAGAGCCCGAGCUGGCCACUCACUGAGAAGAGUGGAGCGGGGGUGGGAAGCGAAGGAAGGCGAAUGUACAAAUGAGUAUGUAAAGGAAAGAAAGCAAUGAGGGAAAAGCAAGACUUGUAACAAGUAUUAAUAGGAAGAAAGCUACAGAGGAUGGCCUCAAAUAGUGCUGAAGUGUUUGUGGCCAACAAUCAAACUCUUAAGCGCUGAAUGAUUUGGUUGUUGGCCUUUGAGUACUUCAGCUUCUCAGUUUGAAGGAUAACAAAUGGAGUGUUAGUGCACUCAGUAUUUAAAGAUGUCAUCAGGCUACUGUGACAGAUAGGAACAUGCACUGACCUGAGAGGAAUUUGCCUGGAUGUAUAGUAUGCAUAGGUGGCUACUUCCCUCAUGUAGAUCAAAUUCAGUCCUCUCUGCCUCACGGUAUAGGAAGAGCAGGAAAAUAGGAAUGUAUUAUAUUGUAUGUUAGUACAUUUGCUGUAGAUGGAAGGCCUAAUUCAGUUUAGUAAUGGAGAGAAGAGACCUUCAAAAACAAAAAAAAACAAACUCCCGUCUAAGCAGUAUUUUGACUUGUUAGUGUUUAUUAUCUGUAUCCUCUAUGUAGUCACUGUCACUCUUAACAAAAUGUAAUCACCCUGCAGACUGACUCACCAUUUAGAAGGGAGAUAAUCUCAUAAGACUGUAUUCUGCUGCCUUAUCCCUUUUCCCCCAUUCUUUCCAGUAUUUUUUCCAUUUUUAUUUUAUCUUUAACCCUUAGAAGAGGAGAAGGAAAAGGCUUCCUCAGCAAGAUAAAAGUGACGGGUGUACAUAGCACAUGUAAAAUUGUCCUCAUUUCCAUGUCAGUAUUAGGUCAAUGUUGAUUUUUAUUUUUUUUUCUCAUUUCCUCAUCUGAUGUUUAGACAUUUUUAAACAAUGACUUCUUCAGCAUUACAUCAAAACAUUUCACGGUUUUACAGCUUUGUGUACACGAACUACCCCCACUCGUUAUGGCAGUGCUUCUCGUUUUAGUGUAGAUGUGUCAUUCCAUUUACUGGUAUCACAAAGUGUUUUUUUUUGUUUUGUUUUGUUUUUUUGCAUACAGGCAAGUGAUGCACAGUAGCAGUCACUUUAAAAUGAAUAUGUGGUUGUGUGUUUUUUUUUUUUUUUUUUUUUGUUUGGUGCUGAUGUAAACCUCAAAAUAUCCAUUUGAUUGGCUGAAAUAUUUCACUAAGGGAGCCAAAAGAUUUCAGUAUUUAUAGCUUUGUUGUUGGGGGACUUCUGGUUUUGCAGUUUGAAGGGAAACAAAAGUGAAAAAUAAUCUUGGAGGGAAGCAUUCCCUUGUGGUUGACGUGCAGCACAUUUGUCCAUUGCAACUUACCUUGAUGCUCAUGUAUUUUUUUUUUUAACCAUUAUUAAGUCUAUGAAUUGUUUUAAGAUGUUUUAAAUUGUAUGAUUUGCUUCAAACAUUAUGUUGUUUAUUGGAGCCACUUGUUCCGUGAACCUUUUAUGAACAAACUGGUUAGUUUUAUCAUUUUGUCAGUUUAAAGCAGCUUCACUGUCCUGGAAAUUAAAUCUAGAAAGAAAAAAAAAUCAGAAACCAUAACGACAGGGCAGCGUGUGCCAAAACAUCUGGACAACUGUGGGCAUGUUGAACACAGAAAAUCCAUUCCCCUGCUCCCUGAACUCAUAGGGUAUUACUUCUUGACAAUGCUAAAACAUUUCAACUGAUGUACUGUAUAUUCCACAAAAUGCUCGUUAUUUAUUUGUAAGUAUUUAUUUAUUUAUUUAUUUGUGGUUUUGAAUGCAUAUUUAUGCAUACAUAUACUAUAUGCUUCUGAGCCUUAUGUGAAGGCUGUAUUGUUACUCAAACUUAGCUAAAAUAUACUUAUCUGUCCUGA